AUGGAUAAUGAUGCAAUUCCAAAAUCAGUUCAGAAAGAAUUUCAUAAGACCAUACAGGCCAUAAGAAACGACUGGAUGGAGGAGUCCAGCAGUCCUCGGGCCAGGAAGCUGCAUUUCCCAGUCGGUUUGUGGAUCAACUCUCCCCGAAAACACUUUGCCAAGUUAGGACGCCGUUGGCCCAGUGCUGUCUCCGUCAGGUCGACCACCAGCUCUGACGCGACCUCCCUUCACGAAGUCCCCUCGGCCCCCUCUUCUUCCCUGUCCACUUCCACACCCUCCCUGGCUUCCCCCGCCCCGUCACCCUCUCCAUCCCCCGCCUUCCUCCGACCUCGGCCCGUGGCUCCACAGUCACGUGCAAAGCGCCUUUCCCACCUUUUCCUGCGGGGGCGCUCUAACAGUGAUCGGGACAAAGCGGUGGGUGAGAGGGACAGGGAGGUGUGGGCGCACUCAGCCGCCCCCUCGUCACAUCACUAUCUGCCCCCCGGAGCGUCUUCUGCCCCCGGCCUGAUCAAGAUCUAUGGAGAUGCUCUGUCCAGCGGGGCCAACUACCGCUCUCUACUGGCCAGCGUGCACUCUACAGCCCGACAGCUCAUCUGUCAGGUCAUCACCCGCUACACAGAGCGAGAGAGGGAGGAGACUGACGACACAGUUCUUCAGAAAUACAGCCCAGAGGACUUCCUGUUGUGUGAUGUCAUUGGAAAGCCCAUCCAGCAGCCAGAUGGAGCGAUCAAGUGGGAGACGGAGUGCCGGAGAAGUGUGGCCCCGUGGGAAUGUCCCCUGAUGUUAGUGGACAUGUGGAGACCUAAAGACGGGUUUGAGCGCCGCUUCGAAAUCCACCGAAGAGACGAGUAUGAGCGAGAAGAAAGAGAGCGGGAGAGAGAGCGGGAGAGGGAUGGAGAGAACUGUCAGGGCGUGCGCUGGCGCCGCAGUAGGAUGGCUUCAGGAGGGGGUCCAGAGGAAGAGCGAGGUCACAGAAACCGAAACUCAGAGCUGCGGAGGAGCAUCAGUGACAUGAACCUGAGUCUGCGCCGUCGCCAGGGUAACCACGUCAGCAACGAGCAGCGCGGCACCAACAACCGCAACAACCACAGUGUGGAUGACAGGAAGAAUAUAGUGAGCAUGAUCAGCCCACAGCCAGGAGAGGUCAGAAUCAGGCCUGAAGCCAAAGUUGGAUGGACUCAUCAGACUGCAGAAGAAGAGAAGGACUAUUCCACCUGUGACCUGGAAGUGAUGUCACAGAGUCUGAUCCUUCCUCCAACUGACCGGCCAUACUUCCUGUUAUUACAGGGCUACGACCACAGUAAGGACUUUGUUUUGUACAUCAUGACGGGUCACAUGCAUGUGUUUGGGAGAAAGCCAACGUUGAAGGAGAGAGAAAAGGACAGAGAGAGGGAGAAGAAAGGGAAGAGGCCUCUGAAGGUGGAAACGUUUCUUUCAGCUCCUGAUCUUCUGGCCCGACACUUGUUGAUACGCAGAGACUCUGCUGUCCCUGAAUCCCCCUCUGGACAAGCUCUGAUGAGGCCCUUCAGAGGAGGGGCGGUCACGCACAACGGGGUGUGUGUGUACAGAGAGACUGUCCUUAAGCCUGGAGAUGUCAUUGGUCUUGGGGACCACUUCCUCUUCUUGUACCGAGACCCUCGUGUGUCCCCUGCUCCUCCCCUGGCUCUGACCCUGCCUUGGCAGACUGAUGUGUCCAGCACCUGCUGUCCUUCAGGGCUGGUGGACAGACAGGAGGCCCUGAGGCAGUACCUUGGCUCCAAUGAGGCCAUUUUAAAGUUCCAUCCACGUCAUGCAGAUACUUUGUUACAAGAAAUAAUCUCCAAAAAUUCUUCUCCAGACUCUGGGGGCGGGCCUUUGGCUCCGGCAUAUCUGCUGUCAAUCAUGAUUGAUCAUGCUUCAAAACACCUCGACCCUGCCCUUACACCACAAAUACUUCUGAAAGCAGCUAAUCUUAUUAAAGAAAUUGUGUGGGAUAACAUCAAGGAAUUUGGGGAUAAGCAUCCCACGCAAAAUUCUUCGGAGCAGGACGGUGAGCUCAGCCUGCCCAGUGUCCAGGCCCUCUCCUCAGACCUGCGGCCGCUGAUGUUCUGGAUGUCCAAUGCCACGGAACUCCUCAACUUCUUCCAGGUCAAAGUGGAAACGAUGGACAAGGAGUGGGAGUUUGAAGCCCCGGGGGACCCUGUUUUGACGGCUGACAUGGACACCUGCUCUGAGGCUCUGGCACAGCUGGAUGAUGUCAUUAUGCACACCUUUCAGCAAUGUGUGUAUCAUCUCACUAAGACGCUGUACUCUUUGCUGCCUGCGCUCCUGGAUACAAACCCAUUCUCUAGCAACGAAAAAGACAAAGAGAAAGACGCUUGUGCGGAGGGAGAGGACAAGAGGGACGUGGACGAUGUUUCGGCCUUACCUCUGCGUGUGGCCGGGCUGGUGGAGGUGUACCGCUGCUCUCUCAUGCUCUCCAAAGAAGCCUGCCUCUCACCUCCACUCACCUCGCAAACCUUUGGCUACCUCUUCUUCUUCACCAACACCUCACUGCUCAACACGCUGCUAGAAAGAGACGGCCUGUUCUCCUGGUCUCGGGCUGUUCAAAUCCGUACAAACUUGGAUCUGGUGCUGGACUGGCUCCAGGGAGCAGGAUUAGGAGAUAUUGCCUCAGAGUUCAUGAAAAAACUGUCUGUCAUAGUUAACUUCCUGUGCAUUCCCAAGACCAGACUCAUCCAGUCGUCCUGGGGCAGUUUGCAGGAGGAUCACGGCUUGUUGAGCCCAGCGCAGCUCCAUCACCUCCUCACUCACUACAAACUGGGUCCUACUCGAGCUCCUCCAUCCUCCUGGAACCCUCCUCCAGGCACCGAUCUGAGCGGAGACAUCUUUGAGAGCUUCCUGGACCACCCUCCAUUAAUCCUCCCAAACGAGACUCCGCGACUGGACCUGUCCCUACCGAUCCCCAGCCCUGAGCUCCAGAAGGAAGUGACCCGUCUGCGCACCUUCUUGUGGGGACUUGACCAAGACGAGCUUCCAGCCAAUCAGAGAACCAGGCUCUGA